GAUUGGAUUUAGAUUAGAUUAGAUAAGUUUUAAGAAUUUUUAUCCUAGAAUCUCAAAGCAGUAAAACGAAGUAAUAAAUCAGAAAAUUAAAGUAGAAAUCAUAUCAUACGUGAAUUCUUGGAAUAAUUAUUUUGUGAUACGUGAAAUAAAGCAGUUAUGUCGGCUCUUUUAGUGGACAGUUGUCCAAACAUAACAAAAAUGAAAAAACUAACCAUAAGCCCAUAAUUUUUACCAAACAUAUUCUAGCCGUGUUUGAUAAAGACCAUUACCGAACGUCUGUCAUACGCAACACUGCGCAGGCUCCUUCAUCAUACCUAUGAGCUGGCGAGAUAAAUAAAUUAAAUAUUUAUGAUAUAGUCAAAGGCAUCGCCUGGCGGGCCGUGGGACCGAUCCUGGGAGGAUUGCAUCAUGGAUAUUUUUAGUAGCGACCGAACGACGCGUCACAAAAAAUAUUACAAGGAAGGGUGGCGCCAUAUAUCAAGUUAUAGGUGGCAUAAUUACCGAGACGUUCUGAAACCAGAGCUCUAUUCUAAGAUAUUUUGUAUUUGGUGUUUUAAGGACAUAAAAGUAAGAUGUUAUAUCUAAAUGACCAAAUAAAAUAUAUUUAGGGUUUAUUGGCAGUCCUCUUAUAAAUACGUCAUUAUCAUAAUAUUUUUUAAAUAUAGGAUCGUAGUUUUUGAAUAAGUCACCAUCAGUACGACACUGAAGCCGACUGAAGCGAGCAUCCCGCACAGGAUGCGCGAUCACCGAUGCGAUCGGUUAUGGCGACUGAAUACCAUACAUAUCUAUACCUACGUAGGUAUGCAGUAAAUAUGGUACGGAGAUGAUGGACAAGAUAAACAGAAGGCGAUCAUCAUGUUCAUAUCGCCGUCUCGCUCUCGCGGCGGCGGCGCGGGCAGGAGGCGGCGCGCUGGGAGGUGCGCGCCGGUGGAGAUGGUUAUUUUUUUGUAUCUUGUCAAUGAAGGGACGGGUAGGGGCGGGCCGACGCCGGCGCAGGACUCAGUAGUUGCAGUGCGGCUGCGCUUACCAUACGCACAUGUUGCUUCACGGUGCGCGUUACGCUUAGUUAACCGUAAAACGAUGAAUUACGAAAGUUGUGAAAAUAGAACAGUGCCAAUAAAGCGCGAGGAGGAUCUCGAGUACCCGGAGGAUGAGGAGCAAUACUACGGGUACGUGCCGGUAGAAGUCGAGCGACACUCUGAGGCACAGGGCUUCGCGCCCUCCUCGCCCACACACCUCAUGGACCUGAGCAACGGCUCCGAGCGACCUUCGCAACAACAUCCUUGGCCUUCCAACGUCGUCUUUGAUGGCGAGGACCGCGAUUACCAGCAAGCAGCUUACCCAACCUUCGAUCAGCAAUUUAUAGAUCAACGACAGAGACAAAUUCCCAGAAACUACUGUUUACUAUUCGACGAUUCCAAUUCACAAGAUAGAGCGAGAAGCUUUUACGAUACGGCGGAAAUGCCGAAGAUGGGCGAAGCUGUAUAUAGAGGAAACGAUGACAGGAGAGACGAGACAGAAGAACAAAGGAGAUCGAGAUCGAAGAGGUCGAAAGCCUCACGAAAGAAAACUCAGUCGUUUGAAGAGAUGCAGAUACAGCGAGUAAUGGCCAACGUGAGGGAACGACAGCGGACGCAGAGCCUGAACGAAGCAUUCGCCAGCCUGCGACAAAUAAUACCCUCCUUGCCGAGUGAUAAGUUAUCAAAGAUACAAACUUUGCAACUGGCGACGCAGUACAUAGAAUUUUUGUACCAGAUACUGUCAAACAGUGACUCAGCGGGUAAUAGCGACACGAAUAGUGACGCGGGCAGUGAGCACGGCAAGUACCUCGCGCAGGACAAGCUCAGUUACGCGUUCUCUGUCUGGAGGAUGGAAGGUGAGUGGACGAACGGGCAGACGUGACGAAACAUGCACUGUGACGUCAUGGACUAGGGAAACUUAAAAGACGCUUACAAUAUUCCAUUAUAAUUGAUAACAGUGAUAAGUGAGGUGUAAAUGACAAAUAAUAAGAUUAUAAAUAAAGAAAUUAAUGAUCGAUGUGAUA